CUUGGGCUUUUGCCCCCUCUUUCCCAUGCUGACCUACCCUCGUCGCCAACCCUUUUUGGCGCCUCGAACUCCUCCACCUUUCCAUCCCCUACCCUCGUCUCCCCUCGCCAUCCUCGACAUCGCCCUCUCUCCUUGUUCACUAACUACGGAAGAGACCCCUAGAAAAUCUCCUUUUUCACCAACCAGACCCUAGUCAAAGAGCGGUGUCUGGCGGUGAGAGCCAUAUCACUGCUGUCAAUUCCCACUUCCUACCACCUGACCUUCGGAACUUUUCUUUCUUCCCUUCCCGCCUGGUUAGCCAUGAACAACUUCACUUUCGACACGAGUGGAGGAGACGCAUUUUGGGAUUUGACAGACAAUCAGCGGCGACGAUUCCAUCAGUACGGCCACCAACUGUCCUCCACCCCGCAGCAGCAGCAGCCACAACAGAUGACCUCAGUCUCCGGCCACAAUAGCCCUCAAGCCUCUGACCAUUCUCUGUCUACACAACACCAACAACGCAUCUGGCCAAUUCCCCUUGAAAUGACCUCGACCGGUUCCAUCCAGACCACGGCCUCGCCCGAGGCGGAACAGCAACAUCAGCAACAUGCUCAGCAGAACCAGCAAAGCUUGAAUUCGCCAACCCAAAGCGCCUCGCCCCUUUCGCAGUCUUCCCCUUAUCAACAACCAGGCAGCUUGCUCACCGACUACGCCCUUCAACAGCAUCUGCAGCAACAUCAGCAAGCGGCGCCCGACUUUUCACCUUUUGUCUCCGACCCCUACAUGCCUGUGACUUACGAUGGCUUCACACCCAAUUUCGCUCCAAUCAACCCCAUGAGCUACCUGCCUGCAACAUCCCAGCAAAUGUCAACCGGCUUCCUUCAGUCGGCGGCGUUCAAUACCAUGCCCCCGAUGGACGAAAACAUCCCGGCUAUGAAUUGGUCCGGUCUUCCAAUGGAUAACUGGCAGGAUAUUCAGGCUGCGGUUCCUCCUAUGCAACUCGAGGCCCUGUCCCACACCGUCGGGAGCAACUCGCCAACCGGGACUCUCCUGGAAGUUCUGUCUCUCACCAGCUCCAGUGAUGGCUGGAUGAUGGUGGGAGAGCCUGGAAGCAGCCCCAACUUUGACCAAUUCCACCAGGCGCAGCAGAAUGCGGCCAUCUUUAACCCCAGCCAGACUCUGCAUUUGCGGACAAACUCGGAUUCGUCUGACGGCGCCAACUCGUUCGAACUGGGAAGCUACGAGGAGAUUGCGCCGUUCCCUAUUUCUCCCUUCUCCCCGGACUCCGACUCGUAUCCGGAACAGACAUCACACCGCGGCUGCUACGGCGAACAUCAUACCCACAACCACAAUCAUGACACAGUCAGCCCAACUGCCGCGGUUGCCCCAGUGCCCAUCCAGUCAACAUCUACCCGGUCAAGUCCGUCCAGUGGCUCCGGCGCCACGUCACCGUCUGUCAAUGCAUCAAGACGGAACUCGGGUCAGAGGAAGAGCCCGAUUAGCAAGACAGCCAAGCCCGUCAUUCGGCGUACGUCCAAUGGCCGCAAGGACGGCACAGGUGAAAAGAAGGUCGGACGCCGGCGUGGUCCCCUUCUUCCCGAGCAGCGCCGGCAAGCAAGCGAAAUCAGAAAGCUGCGUGCCUGUCUACGUUGCAAGUUCCUAAAGAAGACUUGUGAUAAGGGCGAGCCCUGUGCUGGUUGCCAGCCAUCGCAUGCUCGUCUGUGGCAGGUGCCCUGCACUCGAAUUGAUAUCAAAGACAUUGGCUAUUUCAUCUCCGGUUGGAAGGUCGAUUUCGAACGGCACACGACGCGCAACGUCUCCGUCUACAACGUCAAGGGAUUCUCUCCCAACGAGACGCUUGUUUGGAUCACCCAUGGUUAUGGAUUUGCCCUUCCCGUUUACGUUCGGGAGGUGUACGUGAACGACGAGAGUGUCUUCCAGGUGGAUUGGGUGGAGUCGCAUCUUACCGACCAGGAGCCUAUUGAGUUCGAUAUCCGCACUGAGAGACUCGAUGUCGGUGCUAAGGGCGUCUCUGUCGAGGCCCUUCACGUAUACCUCGAUAAACACAUUGAUGGACCGUUUGAGGAUUUCAUUGAGGACCAUUUCGAGGGCACUCCUUUUAUCACCGAAAUACUAAAGACGGCCCAUCGCUUCUACGUUAAGGAGAAGACACCAUCUAUCCGAAAAGCCUUGAAACUCGUCCUUGCAUACAACCUAACGAUGCAUAUCACCAUGAUCCAGCAGCAGGGUGACGACGCCAACCUCGACGGCCAGAUUGAUGACGAGGACUCGAAGUUCUACGGUCAGGUGGUCGCCCCGGUCAUGGUCAACUUCCAAAUUAAGUGUGCGUUGGCCGAUAUGUGGCGCGAACUGCAAAAGAACAUCCUCGAGGAGCUGUCUUCCCUCUACUCGAGCGUAUAUAGUGGCGAGCGUCUCAAGAACUGGCCAACCAUCUUCAUGUUGGCUUCGAUCCUCUUGGCAGUGUGGGAGGAGAUGCAGUUCGACUCACACUACCGUAUGCCGGACCCUGCGGCGGUUACCAAGUUCUGCAAUGACAUGGAAACCACGCCAGUUGGCGUCAUCGUCGGUCUGUUCCAUGCCAUUUCGCAGAAGCUCCCCGCCUUUGUGGACUGGGACACGGGCAAACAUGGCCAUAUUCUGAAUAACAACGUGGCCGUCUGUGAAGCCAUGACUGAAGUCCGCGGGCACGUUCUCAAGCAUGAGGAGUAUCUUCGUAAGCGCCCUGAUUGCACCUUUGACCGAAACGACUUUGAUUCUCUAUCAAACAAGUUCUUGUCGAAGUUGGUGAUCCGUGCCAAUUAGGCCUCUACUGAGCCUGGUCCGAGAGAGGACACGUCUUGGGCUUUGGCACUAUUCACACUACGCCACAACUCACUCACCUCGCGAUGCACGUGCGAAGAUACCCAAUACUACCAACAGCUAUCAUGCUGUCAGAGACGGCUUGAGAAAUCCUAUUUCCUUUGUUUAUGAAUCCCCAGCCAUGGCGUUGGCGACGCGAGAGAGAAACCGUAACCAGGGGCUGCAACUCUUCUAUUUCGACUCUACUCGCCUUCGUAUCGACACAGUUGCUCCUUGGUUUUUUUUUUUUUUCUUUUUUCUUUCUUUUUU